GAUACCUGGAGUCCAUUUGGAGCUGAUCAAGGCAUAGGGGGGCUAGGAUUUUGUUUGGCUGCAGUUACUGAAGACUCUCUAACUCACCUGGAACGAAACACACUAUACUUACACUCAUUUUUGAGCUCCUCACCUUCUCUUACACUUUUUAAAAAAGACUAGUGUGAGCUCAUAGACAGUUGUCCUGCUGUUUUGCCUGGUGGACAGCCAGUUGUUCGUGAGCCUGCAAUGUCGUGGGACUGUGGCCUCAAAUACAUGUUCUCCGUGUCCCCUGCGCUGCAGCCAGGGAGCAUGUGUAUCCUGCAUGACAAGGAGGACCUGUCCAGACUGGAGAUGGUCCAGAGACUGGCCAAGGAUGGCUGCCGCUUCCUGCAGAACCACAGCAAGGGCUCAGAGAGGACAAGCGAGCCCCGGAGUGACGAGGCAGUCCGCGUGUGUCUGAGGGAGAGAGGCCAGGAUGUGCUGGUUCUCCAGAGAAUAUCAUCAGAGCAGCCAACCCUCUCUGCAUCAGCAAGGGGAGGAGGGAGAGUGGAGGCGAAGAACGGGAGGUAUAUGGUGGUAUCGGGGACGCCAGAGAAGAUCCUGGAGCACUUGCUGAAUGACCUGACACUGGAUGACGACCAGGGGACAACACCCAGCAUAGAGUCAGAUACACUUCUGGAUGAUUUUCUGCUGACCUACCCAGUGUUCAUGUCAACCAGUGAUUUAUGUCAAGCUCUGCUGGGGCACUAUUGCACCAAGCGAUACAGGGGGAAAGAAGACAGGAAAGAGGCUCUGGAGAGGAAACGAAAAGUCCUGCACCUGGUGUCGGAGUGGAUGGCCCUCUGCAAAGACUUCCUUAGGGAGGACGAGCAUGUCAAACUGUUCAUGAAGACUCUGUAUCGUUAUGUGUUGGAUGAUCUCUAUGAGCACCCAUUCCUGGAGAAGGAUGGGAGGGAACUGCAGAAACUGUACCAGCUGCAUCGCAGACAUGUGGCGGAUGAAUAUUCCCCUCAGAGAAAGGGCAAAGCACUUUUCCACCAAUUGAGUGUGAAAGAGAACGGGCUCCAGUCCAGAGGCACACAAAGGGAGAACAAGGAAGUGCUGUGUCACGUGUAUAUUACCAUGGACUCGUUCCUCAGUAUGAGGGCCCAUGCGGGGACAGUGGCCCAGCAGCUGCUGCAGGCAGUGGCAGAAAGGAUGGAAGUCCCACUGGGGAAACUGGUCCUAGUGGCUGUCACUUACAAUGGAGGGAGGCUCCUCCUGCAGCCUCAGGACAGAGUCUUCUCUGAUUCUUUACGACCGGUUGGGAGACUGCAUGUGUGCAGGAAGGACCUGGGUGAAGUCCUGAACCCGUUCACAGACAACUCAGAGCUGCAACAGAGAACGGCCCGCAUGCUCAGUUUAAACACAUGGGACGUGGCCGUUGCUCUCACCAACUUUGACUGGACCAUCUUUGACUCAAUACACGAGCAAGAACUCGUCUAUUUCACCUUCAGUCGCCACAGCAGCAGUAGCUACACUGUGGCGUUUGAGCUGCUGCUGCAGCGCUGCAAUGAGGUCCAGCUGUGGGUGAUGACUGAGGUGCUGCUCUGCCCAACGCUCUGCAAAAGAGUCCAACUCAUCAAGAAAUUCAUCAAGAUUGCUGCCCACUGUAAAGCACAGAGGAAUCUCAACUGUUUCUUUGCCAUUAUAAUGGGCCUGAACACUGCAGCUGUUAGCCGCCUCGGUCAGACAUGGGAGAAAAUUCCUGGGAAAUUCAAAAAGCUGUUUUCAGAGCUGGAGACAAUAACAGAUCCCUCGCUGAACCACAAGGCCUACAGGGACUCCUUCAAGAAGAUGAAGGCGCCAAAGAUCCCCUUCCCUCCUCUGCUACUGAAAGAUAUCACGUUCAUUCACGAAGGCAACAAGACGUUUCACGACAACCUGGUCAAUUUCGAAAAGCUGCACAUGAUAGCAGACACAGUGCGUCUCAUCCGGCAGUGUCAGAGAGAUCUCAUGGGUAAUGGCAUCACCCAGAAGAGCAGCCCAGAAGUGCGAGCCUACAUUGAUUACCUGCAUAUCAUCGACAAUCAGCAGACUCUGUUUGAGCUGUCACACAGGCUGGAGCCUCGUGCUUAGACUCACUCAGCAAUCAAAGGACGAGGCAUGAUCCUGGUCGACCACAGGAGGGAACCGCACAAUCAGGAAACCCCUCACCAGGGAUGGGAAUAAGCAGAAAAAGGGCAAAUGCAUAAAUGUUUGCGUAUAUCCACAACUAUGUCACUGAUCCAAUACACCUGAAAAUAGACCCACCUGUUCCACAAACUUGUGCUGACUGGUGGUAAGAAAAAAAUAUGGAUUUCUAAAUCCAAAGAUUCAAAUCUGCUGCUGCUGUUACUAUACUGUCAUACAGAUUGCUGAGGUUGGCAGGUGCAGAGCUGUUUUAACAAUGAUGCAACAGCUCCCCCUUGUGGAGAAUAAGCAGCCUGCUAUAAGAGUUUGUUUGCAGGUGAAGUGCUUCCCACCUAACAUAAAGCUACAGAAAAUGAAUGUUCAAACAAACAAAGGGUUGGACAUGGAAGUUCAUUCCCCACCUUGACAUCAGUAUGUUUGACGAGAACGUCCACCGACUAGCCUUUCCAGAGCUUUUAACCACAUCAAUUCACGUCACAUAGAGUGAUUGAGAUGCAGAUUAACUCAUGAUACUGUACAACUUUUUGUAUUUGUGGCGUUUAAGAUCUGGCAGCAGUGGGUUGUUUCAUCAGAGUUAACCAAAGACAAUAUCGGUCCUAUAUAUUGUAAACAAACUUCUCUUCUCUUCAGAGUGCGACAAGAUCCAGAUGUAAAACAUGCACACCCCAUCAAAUCAGUACAGUGUUUGCACAACAGCUGAAUGACAUGAUAGAGAGAGUGAAAAUGAUGAUUGUCAUAUAUUAUAUUCAUUAUCUAUUUUUACAUUGCAGAAUUGUCUUACCGUACAGUUUUCUAUUGUUUAACCAUAAAGUGUAUUAGAAGAGGCAAUUCAUUAGAGCGGGACAUUAAGUGAGAAUAGGAGUAUACUGUAUUUCUGUAGUGUGUGUGUGGCAAAAGUUGUGUUUCCUGUGUGGAUUAUAAUCACGUAUGUAAGCGCCAAAUAGUAUAAAAAAGUAAUGCCCAUUCAAAGUAAUGCUAAUUGCUCAUCAUUCUAAAAGCAUAAGGAUCUCCAUCUAGUUGAGCUGUGGACAAUCAGUUAAACGGAAGCAGAAUACCCAUACUGAUACAUCUGUAUUGGUCUUUAAAGUUCAGGUUAAAACACAGUGCAUUUCUCCAUCCAGAGAGUGUUUGAUUAGAUGAGGUUUGGAGAUAUUGGCUUUAGCUGUGUGGUACUCACCAGAAUUAGCAUUUGAAAAACUUGGCAACCGCAUGUCUUUGCAAAAAACAAAGACAUGGUGACUCACAACAACCCAAGAUCGUACUGAGCUACAGCGAAACUCUUUUAUCCUCAGUAAUCGUAUGGAUAAUAACUGAAGAGGAAAAUGAAGUUUCAUUGUGUUUUGGAUGAACUGACCCAAAAAGUAAAGAGCAAUAGCAAAAACAAGUAUUACAGCACCUUCUGGACAGAUACAAGUAAAGAAAGAAAAAUAGAAGCCAUUUGCUUAUGUACAGUGUGUAUUAACAAUACUGUGUACAACUGUAUAGUUUGUAGUUAUGGAAGAUACCGUACAGUAUUUAUGAUCUAGAUUUGUCAACUGAAAAUUGUCACCUUUGACCUGAGGUUAGGCCAUUUUAAGUAGGCUCUGUGAAGUGUUGUAGAUGGAACUUUGCAUUACGUUCUUGAAAUUUAAUUUAUAUAUUUUGGAUUUUAAAGCCCUGCAUCUUAUUUAGAUUUUUGUUUUUAUCAAAAUAAAAUUGUAUGUAUAUAUGCACACACUCACACACAGUAUAAAUAGAAUCAACCGUACAUUGUUGUACAUUGUCGUUGAUACAAAUAAAAUUCAAAAUAAGAAACAUACUGCUAAAGCAUUGAAUAUGUAUUCAGGAUACUGACAUUUAUUUAUUUCAGAAUUAUUUAUUUGUUCUACAGAUGUUACUUUUAUUAGUUCAGUGUGAUGUUUUUGUACGCACUGGCUGGUCUGCAUGAUAUGGCAAACCGUGGAUUGACCAGCAGUGUCAACUGUGCAUGCAAUAAAAUAUUUUUCAUCAUCAUAAAUUGCUUAUGGUAAAAGAUAUAUAUUUACAUGUAAAUUGUGGAGAAAUUCAAAAUUCAUUGAAACAGGCAAAUUCAAUUAAAACAGAUAUUAAAUGAAAGCAGUACUGACUAUCGUAAAUUAGGACUCAUUAUACCUUCCAUGUGGGGUUUGUGGUUUUCAACAUAGUUAUAGGAACACAAAGACAUGACAUUUAGUAGAUCCAGAUAAAAAGAGCAUCUAGGAAACUACAAACAACUGAUUUAGUAAAUGAAAAAGCAGGGCCAUUUAUAUGCUCAAUCCGUGCACAAACACAGGCAGAGAAGACCAUAAAGGCAUGAAGCUAGUCUGCAUCGCUACGUGUUUCAAGCUUGCCA